ACAUACAAGUUUGUCUAUGGUUUCACCGAAAAACAAAAGCGAUCGCGAUUUUGUUUGGAAUUUUUCACGAUGGCAGAUCCCCGAAUUCGUCAAAUUAAAAUUAAAACCGGCGUUGUAAAACGCAUAGCAAAGGAGACCACGGUUUACGAGAAAGAAGCUGAGCUACAGAAAAUACGAGUGCAGAAAACAAAAGACGAGGGGCGCGACGAGCACGACGUCCGCAAACAGGAGGAGGUUCUUCAGGAGGCGCUGAUGAUGGUCCCUGACUGCCAAAGGAGAUUGGUAAAAGCAUUUUUAGAUCUCAAGAAUAUUCUCGAAACCGAACAAGAUUUAAAAGAAAACGAAGACUAUAUCACAGCACAACAAGUAUUAAAAGACGCUGAAAGUCAACUUCCUGAGUCUGCUUUAUAAACAUUAGUUUACUAGUUUUAUAAUAUUUUUUUACUUUGCUAAAAUCAUGUCAUAUAAUAAUAAUUAUAAUCCAAGCUUUUAUAAUAAUUUAACAUUCCAAGGCAACAUUCGGCCUCCACCUAAUUUCUCAGUGCCUCCUCCACCACAUUAUGGCUUUCCACCUCAACGGAGCCACCAACUAUCAGACCAGGAUUUUAUAAAAACAUUUGAAUCUAAAAUUACCCCAAGCAACUCAAGAAUAAAACAAAAGCCUGUAGCUAUAUCAUCAGUUCGGGAACAUCUUCGUAACAUAGUGUUGCUUUUAAAACAACUCCAAGACAAAGAAAGCCUCUUGAAAGAGAAUAUAAGCACAAUGUCUGAAGAAGAAUGGGGUACUGCUGUAGAUGAAAUCAAACAGAGUAAAGUACUCCUUGACGGUCUGAUGCUACAAAUCAAUGACACAUAUCUUGAUGUUAUCAAGAGUGCUCUCAGCAAAAGAUCUGCCAAGAGAUUGAGAUUGAAGAGAAUAAACGAGGCCAGAAAGAGACAAAAGAUGGAGAUGAAGAAACAAUGGGAAGAGAGGUCCAGGAAAAUAGAUGAAGACUUACAAAAGAUUCAGAAUGAUAUUGAUAAAGCUAAGCAG